UUCAUUUAUUAUAUUGUUCAGAUUUCAUACCACUACUUUGAGUACAUGAUUAAUAACUUCAAAAAGUAAGGGCUUCAUAAAACGAAAAAUAUAUUUAGUUUGAUUGCGGGAUUGGAGUAAGGUAUUAACGAUGUCUUCCUGUACUACAUUCUCUUGCUACCUGCAAAGUUUAAAAACGUCAGCAGAACUUGAGGGAAAAUUAGACGGUAACGAAAGCAUGGACAUAUCUAAUGAAGAAUUUGCUGAAAGGAUGCGCCAAGCAUCUGAAGAUAAACUCAAAAGUUUGAACUCUAACACUUCGAACAACUUCCGGGUGAUAUUUCCCGUUAUUCUUGUCAUAUCUAUAUUAGUUGUAAUUGCCGUGGGAUUUUUGAUACACCGCCUUAUCUCAUCAUUUGUUUGGAAUAAUUGGGCGAUGCCUCCUGAAUCCCAAGAACAAGACUGCCCGCGAUCAGGGAGGUUUAGACGAAGAGGGAGAGGGGUUGUUAGAACCAUCAGUUCUUACGUUGAUGUGCCACCUAGUUAUCGUCAAGUUAUGAAAACGAAAAAGUCAGAAAUGCUACCUCCAACGUAUCAAGAAGUAAUGACUGGAGCUGUUAACUGCGCCUAUGUUUCGGACGAAGAUUCUGUAACAACAUUAGGAAGGUAUCAAAUCAACAUAGACGACGGUGAUGCUGGUGAAAAAGGCAAUACGAAUUCUUUGGUUCAUUCUCGAACACAUCCAAAGACAAUAAACGACGUUCAUAAUAUUUUAGUACACACUGCUGAAAUAUUUUCACCUCCAACUCCAAAUAACGAAGUUACUAGUUCGGACGAGCAGCCUCGAGAUAACCCGCUGACUGGGUCUGACGAAUCUGUGGAAAGUUUGUCUUCUGGUGUUACUGUUGUUACUAUUGCUGACAUCAAUAUUAGAUAUUCAGAUGAUGAUGUAAUAAGUUCUGAAAACAGUGAAACAGACAGUCAAAGUGACAUCAGUGAAACAAUAUGUUCAGCUGUAUAAACUCUGUUAAAUGCACGAAGUUGUUCAUUUUGAACGGACAAUGAUAUCGUGGCAAUGAAGAAAACCCAUCCGCCGCACGUUCCCGACUCACAGUAAUACACUCGGCGAAAGUACACACUAUUUUUUUUUAGUAUCCGUAAGCGGGUAUUGCCAUACCGAAUAGCGUCUUCGGGCUAAGUUCAUAUCCAAGUUAAGUCACCCGAUCAGAGUACUUGAGUGCUAUAUUCAGUUAUGUUUUUUAUGCUUAUUGUGAUCUUCUUCCAAAUUGAGCCGCAUUUUAAUCUUUAUUCAAUCCAUGUUUCUCUUUAUGUAUAUGCAAGAAAUGAUAAUGGCUACAAGGCUCAAGAGGCAGGUUGUUUUCUUCACGCCACAAGCUUUCAGAUUAGCAUUCAAGAAGUCUCAUCUUAUACUUUUGUUAUAAAAUUAUCAUAUGAAGAUAUAAGUAAAUUAUUGCGUUGGCGAAUUGUAUUUAUACCAGUAGCCUUAUUAUUUCAAUUCGUUAAUGAGGAUCUACAGACUCUAGUAAAAAAUGGGCGUUUACUUAGCUAACAUACGAACAAAAUAAUUGAUUUCACUAUAGGAACUAGCGUAAAUAUCUUGAUUAAAUAUUAAGUAUUAGUUGAAUCAUGUACCAUAAAACAUGAAUGGUGGUCACUGCCGAUUUCUCACCUACUCGUGCCGUAAAACGCAUUGCACUAAUGCGCCUUUUAUUCUUUCGGCACCGGAAAGCGUACAUUUUUGUUGAUAACAAAACUCGAUAUGCACUGUAUUUAUGUAUUUGUACCUCAAUUUUGCGCCCUCCAAGUGCGAUUUAAUAGUCGUUUCAUUGUACUUUUUACGCACUGAAAACAAUUUUUGUUUGAAAA